AUGGACGGCCAAAGACCGCAGCAGUAUAUGCCUGUUCCCCCACCUUCUUCAACUCAACCGCCUCAAUCACACAUGGUGCUGCCGCCUCCCCCGCCACGAUACCCUCCGACACAACCCCCGGGUGGCAUGCCCCCGCCUCCUCCUGGUCCGCCUCCGGGGUCAAGUUAUGGCCCUUCCAAGAUUGCCAAUCCUCAGAUGCAACAUCAGAAUAAUCUGCAAUGGGCGCCGAACUGGGCAACGCGACAAGCGCUCUCCCAGGGAAUCCUCCCUCCCCCUCCCCCUCCCCCUCCUAUGGCGCCGACAAACCAGCAGCCCUACGGUCGAGCGCCUCUGUCAGUUGGGGGAGAAGGCCGGACUUCUGCAACGUACGUCCCGCAAGGCGGGACAUUUGGCCCGGGCGUGGGAAUCCCUGCGUUCGAUUUGCAUUCCCUUCCUGCAUACGAGAAUCAGGGGACCAUGACGGGUAGCGAUCGACAGCAGCUUCCAAUAAAUCAACCUUACGAAUAUCCCAACGCGGAUGUUGCAUAUAAGCGAGACGGGACCAUUCCGCCUACGCCGUCUGCGCGCACUAUUCCUCCUUCUCUAACCGCAAGUGAUAUCUCACAUGAACAGUUCUCCACAACGACAGCGCAGAACCCGCAGGCUCAAAACGGUCAGAACCAAGGCCAAAUAGCAGAACCGACGAAAUCUCCCAGUCAUCGUUACAACAACAACAACAACAACACGUUGCUCGGUGGUAUGUCACCCAGCGAAGCUGCCGUUCAAUGGCCACUUGACAGGGUUCUCCUGUGGCUUGCGAUGAAUGGCUUCUCUGGGGAUUGGCAGGAGACCUUCAAGGCCCUCGAAAUACAGGGCGCCGAUUUCCUCGAGCUGGGCCAUGGGUUCAAUGGCCGUCCCAAUUGGGGUAAAAUGCACAACGUGGUUUACCCUCAGCUCGCAAGGGAGUGUGAGAACAGCGGAACCGGGUGGGAUCUGACGCGAGAGCGAGAGGAGGGGAAGCGGAUGCGCAAAUUGAUCCGUCAAAUCCAAGACGAUCCGAACUAUGACGCCGGCGUACCCAUUCCGAAACAGCGGGAAUCUCAAACCCUCGCAGGCGGUGUCCUCGAACCAACCGCGGAAUCCUCUCCCAAAUUCACCAAUGACCCCGUGUCUGCAGGACCGAACUCAGGCCCGAUGUCAGGUAGUCCUAACCUCAAAACCCUGCAGCCUGCCUACAACCAGAAGCACAACGUGCAAACUCGCUCUUUCACGACUCCGAUCCCUGCGAGCCAUGAUUAUACCUCUUCGGAAACCAGUCAUCCUGACGGGACGAUAUGGGGCCGGUCAGACAUUUCGCGAGCUGCCCUGGCCAACGUAGGCGGUGAUCAUCGAAGACAAAGCCCCUCGGUCUCCAGUGAAAACGGCACUUUCCCUCCUGGUCGGUCUUAUGAAGGCAGCCCUAAAAGCGGCAGUCCGGCCAUGCAGCAUGCCACACUCGCACAUCCGGGCUUUCCAUCCACAAGCGACUUCAGAGAACAUGCCCGAGUCAAUAGCUCCGACUCAACCGCAGGGCGCCGCUAUUAUGAAACGCUCAGGCAGGACAACGCCCGCCCUUCUCCCCAGGAGUCUUACAAUCGGCCGGCCGAAAACUCCUCGUAUCCUAAAGACCAUAGCAGCCGGCUUUUCCACUUUUUCAAGAAGAAGAAUAAGAGUGGUGACUCAACCCACCCAUCUCCCGAGGAGCAAUUCCUGGAGUCUCCCACUAGCCCGGAAGCGCAGCGUCAUAAUGCGUCUCAGCUUCCCUACGAUCGACCUAAUUUUAGCAGCAGCGACAUGUCGUUGGACCAACGUCCGCUAUCUGCGUCCUUCUCCGAUCACGAACGGGUAGCCCAGCGGCCGAAACCCACCUCGAAAGGGAAGCGGUGGGCCUUUGGCACGUUAGAUGGUUGGAAUUAUCGUCUGAUGGACAUUACGGACCUGGACUCCGUGGAGCAAUUGCGCGCUACCAUCUGCCAGAACCUCGGAAUUUCGGAUUGGGUUGGUUCUCAAAUUUUUAUGACUGAGCCCGGCCAGACAGACCACGAUGAACCUUUGACCGACACCAACUUGGCUUUGUGUCGAAGAACGAGGUCGGAUGCCAUCGGAUCAUUAAAACUAUACGUCCGUGGGCCUCACAUGCCCUCUGGCUCUACCAAUUCUCCAAACUAUACGGGCCUUGGAGUUUCAUUCCCGGACAAGGCCACGGCAUCACCGACCACGGGGCAGCAUCAUGUGCAAAGGAAACCAUUAGACGACGAAGCCCUCCAUCGGAUCUCACCGCACAAUCCAGCAAAACCGACUUCUCCGCAGGUCUCUUCGCGGCCACAGCAGCUAAGGACCCCUGCAGUUAAACUGCCUGCUCGCGAUAUAACGCAGCUCCCAAUGGGAACGUCGCCAGUGGAUGCCGGACCGGAAGCCGGAUAUCCUUUCGACGCCGACAGGUUGGAUUCUAGCGCCCGCCAACAAGAAGAGCAAAGGCGUGAGCUCGAGCGAAGACAGAAGGCUGCGCGGUUCUCAAAAGUCACACCUGUGCCGCAACCGGGGAAGAACGCCUACGGUGAAACUGGUUAUAGACGCAAAGAGCUCAUUGAUUUUGACUCGCCUCGGAUAUCGCCCUACGAAGAUAAGAAGGCGGAACCGCUGGUGCCUCUUCGCAAACCACCUACCGCUCCACCCGAGUCCAAUACGCUCACCAAGGUUAAUUCCCUGAGGAAGACAGACCGUCCUGCAGUUCACGGACUUGGGGCUGCGCUGGCUGGUAUGGGCAGAAUCACCGGUGCCAUCGGAACGCCGUCGCCAUCGGUCUCCCAGGGCCCUGGGUUCAAUAGCCCCAAUGCCAACGUCACUACACCGGUAUUGGAUGAACCGAGAAGUGCAUCGCGAUUCACUCCGGAGUCGAAUGGCCAGAAUACUCCCACUUCCCACGCCAAUCAGUCUCCUGCUAAAUCUGUCGCCACUCCGGUGGAGAGACCUAGACCGAAUGCGGAAUCACGCAAGUCAUACGGCCCUGAAUUCGAUUUCGAGGAAACAGAGGUCUCCUUCCAGCGUUCACCGGUCCCGCAGGAAGACUCGGAUGAUGAUUCAGAUGAUGGUCUUUUCGCGAUCCCGUUGGUAAAUAGCAAAACGCCGGUGAAGGAGAAGGCGCCCAUGUUUGGAUCACCCGAGCAAAAGAGAUCUGAGAAGCCAUCCCUUACCUUGAACACCGAAACAAGAUUGAAGAAGGAACUGUCCGUGAGAUUUAGGUCGCCUAGUACCAGCCGCGAAACCUUUGCCGGGUCCAGUGACAGAGGCAAUCGCAAGGCAUCCUUCUCGGACAUGACCGGUUCACCUGAAGAAAAGAAGCCUCCGCCUCGAAGGGACUCGUUUGUUCGAGGAAACAAUUGGGCAAGCAGACCCCCAGUCGAGGGCGUCAUUGAAUACCUGGACGAGUUCUUCCCCAACAUUGAUCUCGAUGCCCCUUACCUUGACAACCAAGGCGCUUCUCCCCCCUCGUCACCGGCUAGUAGAAUUCCAGCCGAGCACGAGGCAGCUCAUAAAGAAAGACACGAGGGGCCAACAUACACCCCACUCCCGCCGCCCCCUAGUGCUGAGGAGCACACCAUUGGCCCUAGUGAGCCAACGCUGAAGGCACACGAUGCUGGCAUCAUUGCUCGGCGUAAUGUUAAUCGCUCUGGCGGCCUCACGCGAGGGAAGUCUAUCCGAGAGGUUGCACGGGGCGCCAACCAAGCCAGCAGGAAUCGCAGCGUUCACUCAUCAAGUGGGAAUCCAAGAUCUGGUGAUAUCCUGCGUCGCAAGAGCACGAAAAUGUUCGGAGCAAAGAUCAUGCAGAUCAGCCCCAAGCCUGGUAGUCGGCUCAGCCAGCUUGAUCCCAUUCCUCAAAAUAACGUCGCCACCGGGAAUCUACCCCAGAGACAACCGACCUUCCGCAUUAUUCGUGGUCAGCUCAUAGGUAAAGGAACUUACGGCCGAGUGUACUUGGGCAUGAACGCCGACAAUGGUGAGGUCCUGGCGGUGAAACAGGUGGAAAUCAACCCCAGGAUUGCUGGUCAAGAUAAGGAUCGGAUCAAAGAAAUGGUCGCUGCUAUGGACCAGGAGAUCGACACGAUGCAACACCUCGAGCAUUCCAAUAUCGUGCAAUAUCUCGGAUGUGAGCGCGGGGAGUUGUCCAUUUCAAUCUACCUGGAGUAUAUUUCCGGUGGUUCCAUCGGUAGUUGUCUCCGCAAACAUGGCAAGUUCGAGGAAAGCGUAGUCAAGUCUCUCACGCGACAAACGCUGAGCGGGCUGGCCUAUCUGCAUGAUCAAGGGAUCUUGCAUCGCGAUCUCAAAGCCGACAACAUCUUGUUGGACCUCGACGGGACCUGCAAAAUCUCGGACUUUGGCAUUUCCAAGAAGACCGACAACAUCUACGGUAAUGACUCAACCAACUCCAUGCAGGGAUCGGUAUUCUGGAUGGCGCCCGAGGUCAUCCAUUCGCAGGGUCAAGGGUACAGCGCCAAGGUGGACAUCUGGUCCCUUGGGUGCGUGGUGCUCGAGAUGUUUGCGGGUCGUCGACCGUGGAGCCGAGAGGAGGCGAUCGGCGCCAUCUUCAAGCUGGGCAGUCUGAGUCAGGCGCCUCCCAUUCCGGAGGACGUGUCCAUGAACAUCAGCCCGGCGGCCCUGGCGUUCAUGUACGACUGCUUUACGGUAGAUUCCUUGGACCGGCCCACGGCCGAGACGCUUCUCACGCGGCAUCCGUUCUGCGAGCCCGACCCCAAGUAUAAUUUCCUGAACAGCGAGCUGUAUGCGAAGAUUGGAGAGGAUUCGUAG